AUGGCGGAUCGCUUAACACAGCUCCAGGACUGCCUGGACGACCUCGCAACCCAAAUGUUCGCGUCCAUCCGCUACAUCCAAACACGCCAUCAAUUCGCCAGCAUCCCAGACCAACCAGACAUGUCCGAACCCACUGCUCCAAACGCCCCAGCACCUCUCCAACCCAACGCUGCUCCCAACACAUUAACCGCCUCUGCCGCCGAGCAAGGAGGCCUCAAUGCUGCCCUCCAACCCCAAGACCCCACCCAUCCACCAGGCCCCGACGAUCCUGCAACCUUCCAGGCAGCACUCAGAGAAUUAGCCAGAGAUCUGGUGCUCAAAGAACAGCAAAUCGAGUAUCUAAUCUCCGUUUUGCCUGGUAUUGGCGAGAGCGAAGCCAAUCAAAGUCAAAGGAUCCAGGCACUGGAGAGAGAAUUACGGGAAGCUGAUGAAGAGAGGAAAGUCGCUCUGGCGGAAAGAGAGGCUAUGUUGGAUAAGUUGGGUAGACUGGCUGCAGAGUGCAAGAGGGUCUAUUGA